CUCCUCUUCUCUCUCUUACUCUCCUUCCUCCUCCGCCUCCUCAGCUCUUGGGCUAGAAUAUCUAUGGGUCGAAACGUGAUGCGAUGAAUCCGAGAAAGACCGAAACUGGGACGCGGAGUGCGGCGGAAGCGGCGGGACUCCUGGGCAUGGGGGCUUCACCACAAUAGAGACAGCGCCCCCACUCUCCCCCGCCAGCCCCUCUGGAGCGAAGCCCCCAAACCCCCCCAGGAAAAGGAUGGCGGCGGCACCUACCCAGAUCGAAGCCGAGCUGUAUUACCUGAUCGCUAGAUUCUUGCAAUCCGGACCCUGCAACAAAUCCGCUCAGGUGCUAGUGCAGGAACUCGAGGAGCAUCAGCUUAUUCCGCGCCGCUUAGACUGGGAGGGGAGAGAGCACCGAAGAAGCUUCGAGGAUCUGUUGUUUUCCUGGGCUAUAUUUCUGAAGUGGAGUUAUCAGGUGGCAGCCAAUGCACACAUUCCUCCAGACUACCUCCUUAAAAUUUGUGAGCGGAUUGGUCCCUUACUAGAUAAGGAGAUCCCUCAGAGUGUUCCUGGGGUACAGACAUUACUCGGUGUUGGUCGGCAGUCUCUGUUAAGGGAUGCCAAAGACUGUAAGAGUACACUAUGGAAUGGCUCUGCUUUUGCAGCUCUACAUAGAGGCAGACCUCCAGAACUACCUGUAAAUUAUGUGAAACCUCCAAAUGUGGUGAAUAUCACCUCAGCCAGGCAAUUAACCGGAUGUAGUCGUUUCAGCCAUAUUUUCCCUUCAGCUGCUUACCAGCACAUUAAGAUGCAUAAGAGAAUUCUGGGUCACUUGUCAUCUGUCUACUGUGUAGCAUUUGACAGAAGUGGGAGAAGAAUUUUUACAGGUUCCGAUGACUGUUUGGUGAAAAUCUGGGCAACAGAUGAUGGACGCCUUCUUGCUACACUUCGAGGGCACUCUGCUGAAAUUUCUGACAUGGCUGUUAACUAUGAAAAUACUCUCAUUGCCGCAGGCAGUUGUGAUAAAGUUGUGAGAGUGUGGUGUCUUCGAACUUGUGCGCCAGUUGCAGUCCUUCAGGGACAUUCAGCUUCUAUCACUUCCAUACAGUUUUGUCCAUCAACUAAAGGCACAACCAGAUACCUCACUUCUACUGGUGCUGAUGGAACAAUCUGUUUCUGGCAAUGGCAUGUGAAAACAAUGAAAUUUAAAGAUCGCCCAGUGAAAUUUACUGAGAGAUCUAGACCUGGAGUUCAGAUAUCUUGUUCAUCUUUCAGUUCUGGUGGUAUGUUUAUUACAACAGGUAGCACUGACCAUGUGAUUAGAAUAUAUUAUUUGGGUUCUGAGAUCCCUGAGAAAAUUGCCGAAUUAGAGUCACAUACGGACAAAGUUGUUGCUGUUCAGUUCUGUAACAAUGGAGACAGUUUAAGAUUUGUUAGUGGAAGUAGAGAUGGAACAGCAAGAAUUUGGCAAUAUCAGCAACAAGAAUGGAAGAGUAUAGUACUAGAUAUGGCUACUAAAAUGACUGGGAACAAUAUGCCAUCUGGAGAAGACAAGGUCACUAAACUUAAGGUGACUAUGGUGGCUUGGGAUCGAUAUGACACCACAGUUAUUACUGCAGUGAACAAUUUCCUUUUGAAAGUAUGGAAUUCUAUCACAGGCCAACUUCUUCAUACUUUAUCCGGACAUGAUGAUGAAGUAUUUGUUUUGGAAGCACAUCCAUUUGAUCAAAGGAUCAUACUUUCAGCAGGUCAUGAUGGGAACAUUUUUGUUUGGGACCUUGACCGGGGGACCAAAAUUCGGAAUUAUUUUAACAUGAUUGAAGGCCAAGGCCAUGGUGCAGUGUUUGACUGUAAAUUCUCACCAGAUGGAAAUCAUUUUGCCUGCACUGAUUCACAUGGGCAUUUGCUGCUUUUUGGAUUUGGAUGCAGUAAAUACUAUGAAAAGAUUCCAGAUCAGAUGUUCUUCCAUACUGAUUAUCGACCUCUUAUCCGGGAUGCCAACAACUAUGUAUUGGAUGAACAAACCCAACAAGCUCCUCAUCUCAUGCCUCCACCAUUCUUGGUGGAUGUUGAUGGAAAUCCUCAUCCCACAAAAUUUCAAAGACUGGUACCAGGACGGGAAAAUUGUAAAGAUGAACAACUUAUACCACAGCUGGGAUAUGUGGCUAAUGGUGACGGUGAAGUAGUAGAACAGGUAAUUGGGCAACAAACCAAUGAUCAAGAUGAGAGCAUUCUUGAUGGAAUAAUCAGGGAGUUACAAAGAGAACAAGAUCUGAGGCUAAUUAAUGAAGGAGAUGCUCCACAUUUUCCAAUUAAUAGAUCAUAUUCUUCUAAUGGUGCUCUGAGAAAUCCAGAUAUGGACAUAUCUGCUCCCCCAAAUAUUGGACUGCGACGUAGUGGUCAGAUUGAAGGUGUCCGACAAAUGCAUAACAAUGCUCCUAGAAGCCAGAUGGCCACUGAACGAGAUCUCAUGGCAUGGAGCAGAAGAGUGGUAGUCAAUGAACUAAAUAAUGGGGUUAGUAGGGUUCAGGAAGAAUGUCGAACUGUAAAAGGUGACAUAGAAAUCAGUCUUUAUACAGUUGAAAAGAAGAAAAAACCAUCUUAUACUACCCAAAGGAGUGAUUAUCAGCCUAGCUAUGGGCGGUCUUUACGAAGAACACAACGCAAACGACAACAUACUUACCAAACACGAUCCAACAUAGAACAUAAUUCACGAGCAUCAUGUCAAAAUUCAGGUGUACAGGAAGAUUCAGAUAGCUCCUCAGAGGAAGAUGAAACAGUUGGCACAAGUGAUGCUUCUAUAGAGGAUCCUGUUAUUGAAUGGCAAAGUGAAAGUUCCUCCAGUGAUUCAUCAAGUGAAUAUUCUGAUUGGACAGCAGAUGCUGGAAUAAAUUUGCAACCUCCAAAAAGGCAAACAAGACAGGCAACACAGAAAAUAUGCAGCAGCUCUGAGGAGGAAAAUUUGAAGUCACUUGAAGAAAGGCAGAAGAAGCCUAAACAGACUAGAAAGAAGAAAGGAGGACUAGUUUCUAUGGCAGGAGAGCCCAAUGAAGAAUGGUUUGCCCCUCAGUGGAUCUUGGAUACCAUACCACGACGUUCACCAUUUGUCCCACAGAUGGGAGAUGAGCUUAUAUAUUUUAGGCAAGGACAUGAAGCUUAUGUACGGGCUGUAAGAAAAUCAAAAACAUACAGCGUUAAUUUACAAAAACAGCCAUGGAAUAAAAUGGAUCUCAGGGAACAAGAGUUUGUUAAGAUUGUAGGAAUCAAAUAUGAGGUUGGACCACCUACACUAUGCUGCUUGAAGCUUGCAUUUCUGGACCCCAUUUCAGGCAAAAUGACUGGAGAAUCUUUUUCCAUUAAAUAUCAUGACAUGCCAGAUGUCAUUGACUUCCUUGUGCUACAUCAGUUUUACAAUGAAGCCAAAGAAAGGAACUGGCAGAUAGGUGAUAGAUUCCGCAGUAUAAUAGAUGAUGCCUGGUGGUUUGGGACUGUGGAAAGUCAGCAACCUUUUCAACCAGAGUAUCCUGAUAGUUCUUUCCAGUGUUACAGUGUUCACUGGGACAAUAAUGAAAGAGAAAAGAUGAGCCCCUGGGAUAUGGAGCCAAUUCCAGAAGGAACUGCCUUUCCAGAUGAAGUUGGUGCUGGUGUUCCUGUGUCCCAGGAGGAACUGACUGCUUUGCUAUACAAACCUCAGGAAGGAGAGUGGGGGGCUCAUUCCAGAGAUGAGGAAUGUGAACGAGUUAUUCAGGGAAUCAACCACCUUCUUUCCCUGGAUUUUGCCAGCCCUUUUGCUGUUCCAGUGGAUCUCAGUGCCUACCCCUUGUAUUGUACUGUAGUUGCUUAUCCAACUGACCUCAACACCAUCAGGCGGAGACUUGAAAAUCGCUUUUACAGGAGAAUAUCAGCAUUAAUGUGGGAAGUACGCUAUAUUGAGCAUAAUGCUAGGACUUUCAAUGAGCCAGACAGUCCUAUAGUUAAAGCAGCCAAAAUAGUAACUGAUGUCUUACUUCGAUUUAUUGGGGAUCAGAGCUGUACUGAUAUACUGGAUACUUACAAUAAAAUUAAAGCAGAAGAACUAAACAGUACUGAUGCAGAGGAGGAUACAGAAAUGGUUGAUUUAGAUUCAGAUGGACCUGGUACUUCAUCUGGAAGAAGGGUCAAAUGCCGAGGCAGAAGACAGUCUUUAAGGUUUAAUCCUGAUGCUUGGAGAAAACAGUGCAAAGAACUAUUGGGCCUCAUUUAUGAACGUGAAGACUCAGAGCCAUUUCGACAACCAUCUGAUCCUCUUUCCUACCCAGGCCAUCAAGAGCAUGAGGGUGAAUCCUCUGAGUCUGUUAUUCCAGGACAACAACAAGAUUCAUCUCUUUGUGAGGAUUAUCAUGAUGUUAUAGACACUCCUAUGGACUUCAGCACUGUGAAAGAAACAUUGGAAACAGGAAACUAUGGUAGUCCUCUGGAAUUUUAUAAGGAUGUUCGCCAAAUAUUCAGCAACUCCAAAGCUUACACCUCUAAUAAAAAGUCACGGAUCUAUAGCAUGACACUGCGAUUGUCUGCCUUAUUUGAAAGUCGUAUUAAAAAUAUCAUCUCUGAAUAUAAGUCAGCAAUCCAGAGUCAGAAGAGGAGAAGGCCACGGUACAGAAAACGUCUAAGAAGCAGCAGCAGUUCAUUAUCUAGUAGCAGAGCUCCUAGUCCAAAAGGGAAACAGAAGCAAAUGAAGCUGCAGCCUAAAAAUGACCAGAAUACCUCAGUGUCUUAUGCCAGGAAUAGCACUCCUUUCUCAUCUCCUGUUUCAGAUGCUGCUGAAGGGCUUUCACUGUAUUUACUUGAUGAUGAACCAGACGGGCCAUUUUCUUCAUCGAGCUUCAGUGGAUAUAACCGAAGUGGAAAUAGCCAUGACCCAGGGAAAGCCAAAUCAUUUCGAAAUAGAGUUUUGCCGAUUAAGCAAGAUCACUCCAUUGAUGGACCCCUUACAAAUGGUGAUGGCAGAGAGCCCCGGACAGGAAUCAAGAGAAAACUACUUAGUGCAUCAGAAGAAGAUGAAAUCAUGGGAAGAGAAGAGAAAGAAAAAAAAGAAACAAAAGAGAAAUCACAUUUAUCCUCCUCAGAGAGUGGAGAGUUAGAAUCCAGUUUAAGUUCUGAAAGUACCUGUGGUUCUGAUUCUGACUCUGAAUCAACUUCCAGAACAGAUCAAGAUUAUGUAGAUGGAGACCACGAUUAUAGCAAAUUCAUACAAACUAGGCCUAAAAGAAAACUCAGAAAGCAAUAUGCCAAUGGAAAAAGAAACUGGAAAACGAGAGGCACGGGAGGAAGGGGCAGAUGGGGCAGAUGGGGUAGAUGGAGUAGAGGAGGCAGAGGAAGAGGAGGCAGGGGACGAGGCAGUCGAGGAAGAGGUGGAGGUGGUGGGAGAGGGAGAGGAAGAGGGAGAGGCGGAAGAGGUGCUUCUAGAGGAGCCACCAGAGCCAAACGUGCACGUAUCACAGAUGAUGAAUUUGAUACUAUGUUUUCAGGACGCUUCAGUAGACUGCCUCGAAUUAAAACAAGAAACCAAGGCAGGAGGACUGUUUUAUAUAAUGAUGAUUCUGAUAAUGACAAUUUUGUGUCCACUGAAGAUCCUCUGAAUCUUGGUACAUCCAGAUCAGGCAGAGUGCGUAAAAUGACAGAAAAAGCCAGGGUUAGCCAUCUCAUGGGAUGGAAUUAUUAGCAGUUAAUAAAUUUAGAAUAAUUUAAAAAAUUCAAUGGCCUUCUACUGCAGGGAAUUUACCAGGAAAUCUACAAAGCAAGUUGUGUGGGGACUUCUGCUUCCUUUCACAUUGGUGCUUUUCCAUUAUGCCAGUAUACAUUUGUUUCAAGACUUUUGAUCUCCACACUUCAUUUGUUCAAACAAGCCUUACUCAUUAGGCCUUAAAUUUUAAAAAAAAUUCUACACACACACACACACACACACACACAAACCACAGACACACUACAGAUUUACUACAUUAAGGGAGCAUUCAGCUUCUUAAGAGUAGCAUGACAUUUUUAUCUAAAUGGAAUAUCCCUCUUUUGCUUUUGUAUCACAGAAGUAUAGCACCUUCUUACAGAGUUUUAUAUAGUUUGUUUUUGCCAUUUUGAUUCUUGUACCAGUAAUAAUAACUUUUGCACAAUACACCAAUCCUAAAGGCAGCUAUUAAAUGUUUACAGUUUCUAUAUUGUAAGAACGAUCUGGAUUAUUUUACUCUUCCCAGGCCAAACUUUCAUGAAUUGUACUGAACUGAAGUAUAUAUUUAUACUACAGUUUUUUUUGGGGGGUGGGGGGUUCUUAAUAUGCUUUUCAUUGAUUUGCUUAAUUCAUGUUAAAGGUAAGAAAGGGUUGGUGCCUUGUAAAUAUGUAGCAGAUCUUUGUGGUGUGUCCUGAUGUGUGCAUUAACUUUAUUAAAAAAGAAUACUUGAGGUAUCAAUCUAGACAAGGUGCCAAAUGCAAAAGUUUCUUGCAUCCAUUUUCUUUUUUCUGUUAUAUUUUAUUGCAUUAAUAGAACUUGUGUAGCUUAAAGAAUAACUUAAACAUUUGAAAAAUCCUCAUCCACAAAGAAUAACUGAAUAGUAGCUCAGCUACCUCUAUUAACUACAACUACUGGAAACAUUAAGAAAAAUAGAUGCUGUUAUUCAUUACUAACUAAGGAGAAAUAGAACAAGCAUGGUAGGAAUGAAUACUCAUAAGUUAUAAGCUGAGAGGUUGUUGAUAAUUGUAUUGGCUCUCAAAUGAAUAGUUGUAAUUAAAUUUUCUCAAGUAUCAUAACCUCUACCUUAUUAGGCUUUUCUUAGAGCGUAUUUGUGUAAGUAGACUUGAUCUACUGCUUAUAUAUCCCUGCUACCACUUGCUAUUUAACGGCUGUGAGUGACUGGUAUUGAAUUUUAAAAUGUAGCACAGCACCUAGUUUGAGUUCGAAUGUUUUAGCUAGCUAAUAUUUUGAAUCAAUGUAGGUUCAGCUCAUACCAUUCCAAAGGGUUCUUCUGUUAAUCUUUCAGAAUAGAACCUGGUUGCACUGCACACUGAUAUUUUGAGUCAUUAUUUUAUAGAUUAAAAAUAAACCCUAUGGUCUUGUUUACAGCAGUAGAGUGCACAUUGGUUCCAUAAGUGAGCUUGAGUUCCAAGAUCAAUUUUACUCCUCAAAUUUGAGGGAUUGCAAAUUUGCUAAUUCAUUAGAUAACCUAGAUUUUUGAGGUAAGAAUAAUAUUGAUCUCUGUUUUUGUAACAACCAGUUUGCCCAUAGAUCAAACUUAUGGAAUAAAAGGAACUUCUUAAUAUAUGCUUAGUAAUCCCAGGAUAUUUCUUAAGCUAAUGUAUUUGUCUCAUGUUUUCAUUCAUUUCAUGCAUCUGAAAAUCCUUAAGUGCAGAGGAAGGAGUACACACAUAGAAUUGCUUUUUUGGUUGGGUUGGGUGGGGGGUUUUCUUGGACUAACAUCUUUAAGCAAUUUUCACUUGCAGUAGAAAUGAUGUUCAGGCUUUAAGAAAGUAUUGCAAAUUAUUAAUGGAACUAAUUUAUAUUUCCUGACAGUAGAUCAAGUUUAUUUUUGGUUGUUGUAGUCUACUUUUCACUAAACCAAAAUUACUUCUGGUUGUAACUCAGCUGCCACUUUUAACCCAUAAUAUAGAUUUAAAAACAUUCAUGUUUAAAACUCUACAUUUGAUUUUUGAUAAAAUGUACUAUUUUAGUUAUUCAUAUCUUGGACAUUUAGACUAAAUUUGUGCCUGUGUUUUCCUGGAAUUGAUAACACUUUGGCCUACCCUAUUCAAAGUAACAUAGUUACUUAAAUUCAUGGAUAUAUCCAAAUGUGUAUCAUGUAUAUCGUUGUAGUGUGAAAAUUUUUUUUGACAUUCUUCUAUGAAGAGCUGACCUCUUGAAAUGUAGAAGAAUUGCCAUUUGUGUGGUUUAGCUAUCUCAAGCUUUAUUUAUAAUUUAUUUUGAAAAAUAAAAAUGGCACAUUUAUUUCCCAAAUGUCAAGAUUUUCUAGGUUUAGAUAAUUAGAAUAAAAAGGGUGAAGACAUUUUAAAGAAUAUUUUAUAUGUAGUGAGAUACUGUGAAAAUACUAGUGAACAGCAUUUUGCUGUAAUGUUGAUUUCAGUUACUAGGAUGUAAAGAGUUAGUCACCAGGGUAUGUUAGAUGAGCAUAGUUUUCACUUACUACAAAACAGAUAAUUUUCUGUUUGCAUGCAAAUUAUUUUAAUAAGUGUAAAAAUAAAAGUUUGGAAGACAGUGUUUUUACCUUUAUAUCUGGACUCCCACCCCCCAAUUUAUACUUUGCCUUUUUUUUUUUUUUUGUAAUAUCACCUCUUGUGAAUGUGUUGUAAUUUGUAUCGCAUUGAUAUUUUAUCACUUUAAUUUUUUAGAGGUUCUUUAAACCUAAAUAAGAUCUGGGUUUAGCCAUAGCAAAGCAAGUAGGAAAUGAGCUAAGAAAUUUGAAAAAAAAAAAAAAAAGUCUAAAUUUUAAAUGAAUUUCUAAGAAAAAAGUUACAUUUAGGUCCAUGAGAGCAUAUACAUGUACAAGCCUAUUCCCGUUCUAGAUAUUAAUAGUCAAUGAAUUGUAAUGUUUCUCAUGAAUGCUAAUAAUGUUUAAAUUCCAAGCUUUAAGAUUCUAGCAUGUGUAUCUGUUUAUGAAACAGAUUGUGUUGCUUCUAUGGCUUGUUGUGUGUAUCUCUUCCAGCAACAGGAUGCUCUCUAAAACAUUUCACUGGCCUCUUGUGUAAUGACUAAAUUUGUGUGUGUGUGCGUGCACACAUGCACUCAUGUGUGUGUGUGCACAGAUCUAUAUGUAGAUUUUUUCCCCUCAAUUUAACAUGUUUUAUCUCAGACAUUUAAAAAAAAAGUUUAUAUGGAAGACAGCUGUAUUCACUGUCUACCAAUUCAUUGCUUCUGUUGUAAAGCACUUACCCUGUAUAUAUACUGCUUGAUUAUCCAUAUCAUUAUGCCUUCUAGAUAAACAAUCUACCUUUUGCUGUGUACGUAUGCCCUAUUUUUAAAAUUUAAUUUGCCCUUCUUUCAUGUGUUUCUUUGUCCGUUUCCUUUCCCAGAGAUCAGGCUUGUGCUCAAAUUCUUCCAUACAGCACUUUGUUUCACCCAGAGGCUAGGAAACUGAGUAAAAUUAUUAAAUCUUAUUCUGCACAACUGUGUGCUCAGAUAUCUAACUCAGCCUUCCAAUAUUUUAAAGUAAAUUUGAGUGAUUUAUCUUUGUCAUUACUUUUGUUGUAAUCCUAGAUUGUCAUCAGAUAAUAGCAGAAUGAUUGAAAUAGAAAGAUGUGUAUACCACUUCUAACUUUUGAUAAAAGCUUUUUGGAGAAUUUUUCAAAAUUUGUAUCUUGUAGUGAUAAAAUUAAACAUCUAUUACUUGCUUAUAUAUCUCGGGAAUUAUUUUAUGCACAUUUAUCAACUGGUACUUAGGUUUAAAGUUGGCAUUUUCUUUUUAAGUUGGAAUUUUCACAUCCACAGAAGGGAGACUUAACUACAUAAUUUUCAGUAUACUUUGAUAUCCUGCCUUUUAAACAAUAACCAACAUUUUGAGUUGGGAAAUACAUAAUUAUUUCUGGGGGAAGAAAUGGAACUUUUAACAUUUAAAGUUCAUUGUUUUAAAUGUUAAUUCCAUCCCCAACAUUUUUGUGUUACGUGAGGCUUUAUGAAAGUUAUUGAAAGUAGAAUAUUCAAAGAUCAUUUUCCCAAAUUUAACAAGUUUUGAUUAAAUUUUAAUUAUGAAGUUAAAUUAUAUUUAUGGUGCUGUAUUUUAUAUAAUAUCUAUUGUCCUCAAAUUUCUUGACAUUUAUUUCUCAUAUAGUCUUAUCCUUAUUUCCUAUUCCAUCAUUUCUCUCUUGCUUGCUCUUACCUUCAUUUCUCUUUCUGCAAUGAAGACUGUACCUAAUUUAGCAAACUUCAACAAAACUGGCAAUUUAUGAUUCAUUGAUGGGAGAAGUACAGUAGAAAGGCCCUGCAGUUUAGAGUUAAGAUGUGUUUGUUUAUUUAUAUGUGUGCCCAUUUGUUACUCUUAGACCUAUCUUAAUUAAAUUUAGAAUAUGAUACUUUGACAUAAAAACAUUGUAAGUAUUUUCUAAAAAAUAAAACUAUUGAUACAUAUUAAAAUUGCCAUUGGUAAUUGACUUUUGAAAUCACAUACAAGAAUAUUUAGAAACCCACUUGGGAAAUGUGAUUUACAUGUGUCACCAGAUACAUAUUAGGCAGUACUACAAAUGUUAAUUCUUUAAACAAUACUGUGGUGAUGGCAAUCAGUAAUUUAUUUCUUUGUCCUGUAACUUAUCAUCCUUGUCUUUUGUAAUUCCUAACAAAGUAUUAACAAAAUUGUACCUUAUGUUUGUUCUUAGUAUCCGUAAAUUUUAAGGUGGAAAAUCAUUCAGUUAAUAGUUGAUGUGAUGUUGUAUAUGGACAAAAUGUCCAUUAAACUAAAAUUCAGUAAAGAAAGGUAAACUAAACUGGCUUGGUUUAUAAAAGAUGUUUUGUUUGGCAGUUAUUAGUCAUUAUAAGCAAUUAUCUUCAAAGAAAAAAAAACUGGACUAAUUUGUUGCCAUUCUUUAUGGGAUGUUUACAAUAAAAUUCCAAGUUGUUUGGAA